AUGUCCAUACAGGGACUAGAUCCCUAUUUGGCAAGACAAUAUUUGCUCCAUCAUGCCUACUCUCCUCUGGUGUCGGUGCAAUCGUCUCACAGCGCUGAUACUCGUAUACAAAAUGCUGUACGACAUCAGGAAGGUUUUUCAACAUUACUGAUUUUGGAACCAUACGGCAAUAACGCCAAAUAUAGUGUGACGAACCAAGCAUUUAAAAUCACCAACACACUGUUGAUCACUCGAAGUUACCCCAGCUUUCCUAUCCGGUUCCAGCUGUGUUUGGUGGAACAGUUGUCUGUACUUCAAGCCUCGGAAUCCAAGCUGAAUCUGAAUAAAUUACGCCAACUUUUCUCUGCCUCCUCAUUGGAGGGACUCAUGCAACACAUCGCAUCUGAAGAAGAUGCUCUGAACGAUUUGUAUCUUGAGUUCUUUGCAAAAGUUAUUUCUUCCAAUCGCAUUGUUCCUUUCGAGACUUUCAACCAUCCAGUAUGUCAAAUUUUUGUUAUCGAUUUCCACACAGACACUUUGGCGUCUCUUCGCCAGACUAUAGUGGACUUUCGGAACUACAACUUUCCCAAAUACUUUCAAAUUGACGAUCUUUUGAUGCAUGUAUUCAUACUAUACGACCCCAACGUCGCAUCCGAGGUUGACAUAACUACAUUCCAAUCCGACAUUAGAAGACAACUUAGCAUCCAGUCAUCACCAAUUGCCGUGACCCAGCUCGACGACGAGGCACCCCUAAUCACUUUGAGCAAACAUGAAAACUCCACCAUCGAGGAGGACCUCCAAAGGUUGUCGCUAGAAAACGCUAAAGUUCAAGAAAACCUAAUACAAAUACCGCAUUCCUUGGACUCUACUAUCAAACAAAAGCUAUACGAGUUCAUAAACAAGCAUUUGAUACCGCAUAUGACCGAAAAAGUGAGGCAUUGGGACGACUCGAUAUUGGCUCCAAAGAAGUCUUUCACCGGUCGGUUUUUCUCGGUCUCCAAAAAAUUGUUUAAUAACGAAAAUAAUUCUUCUGGGUCUGGUCAGUCAAGCACCUCUUUCAACCACCAAGGAAAUUACUACCACAAAACUUCCGUUGAACAGACAAUACGUAAAUUGGCCGAUUGGUCGUUGAUCCUCAAAGAUUUCAAGUAUGCAUACUCAACCUACGACUUGAUCAAAAAGGAGUACAACAACGAUAGAGCUUGGGCAUAUGUAGCGUCAACUCAGGAGAUGUGUGUUGUUUCAUUGUUGCUUGCCCAAACUCAACAGAGCAUCCAGAUUACUCCCCCCGAUAAAAAUACCCUUCGGAAAAUAAAGCACGACAUUGUUGAGCCUUACUUGGACAGCUUAGCAUACACUUACAAAUCCCGGCUCAAUAUCAAAACAUAUGGCAUAAGGGCAUCACUAGUGGUUAUAGAAUUGCUUCUAUGUAUGUGCAACGCAUACAAUAUCUCCUGGUGGUGGUCUGACUUGAUAGAACGUUAUUUGUGCAAGUGUGUUGCUGAUUUUGAGUCCACCACAAGUAACAGUGCUUCGGAUGUCCAAGUCAUCAGAGCGUUGUUAUAUGAACGUCUUGGAUAUUGUCUUGGAAAUUGCGUUUACUCUUCUCUUCCGAGCACUUCAAUUUCCGUAAAAGAUGCCAAAUCUGAAGAGUCGAAGGAAGGCUUCUAUCGAAAUACUAACAAGAUGGAACCGUCCAGCGUCUCCAUGGGUCUCAAAAGAGAAAGGCAAGCUUCAUUGUGGUACUUAUUAUCUAUAAAAGAAUGGGCACUUUUAAAGAAUUACAAACAGGCAGCACAUUUACUCCACAACAUUGAAUCCUGUUUCACCAUUGACAGGUUGACAAAUGAGUGGUACGAUCGACCCGACGUACUCUUGGGAUGUAUCAAAAGGCAGAUGGAAAUUGUUGGAAUCAAAGAGGAAGUGGUGGAAUCUUGA